UUUUCCCCUCAGUAACCCUACCCUACCCUUCGGCUAUGUACCGUCAGUCCGGGUCAGAUGACGCCGAGUAUACUACUGAAUCAUGAUAUGAAGACAAUGAAAAAGGCUUGGUCUAGCUGGGAAGAUCGCGAUUUGUCCACUGCACGUUCUUUGAAUUAGCCCAUCUCCGAUCUUAUACUGUUUCAUCCAUCAUGACUAUCUCGCAAAGCAAUCAUGAGAGCAAUGGCACUCGGCCACCAACAAUCCCAACUACACAAGGAUAUGGCCAUCAUCCACUUCACGACAGAUCACAGAGACCAUUGAAAGUCAUUGUCGUGGGUGCAGGACCUUCAGGAAUCGCAGCUUUGAUCGAGCUGAAGAAACUCCCGCACGUUGAGUUUUUGUGCUUCGAGAAGAAUGCUGAUGUUGGAGGGACAUGGCUGGAGACGAGGUACCCCGGAGCAGCGUGCGACGUUGCAAGUCACGCGUACCAGUAUUCGUUUGAUUACAAGACGGAUUGGUCCCGACACUUUUCACCCGCUGAGGAAAUUGGCGAGUACUUCAUCUCAGUAGCCAAGAAGCACGAUCUAUACAACAAAAUCACUUUCAACUCCCGGGUGAUUGGCGCCGAGUGGGACGAGAAUACCGGGCUUUGGCGGGUUCAGGUCGCGCGCGACAUCUCGCCCGAGAGUGAUGCUGUUAUUGAAGACCAUCAUGCUCACGUUUUCAUCAACGCUGGCGGUAUCUUGAAUGAUUGGAAGUGGCCUGAUAUCGAAGGCUUGCACACCUUUAAAGGGAGAUUGAUACAUACAGCUGCUUGGGACCCCGAAAUCGACCUGAAAGGCGCGUCUGUCGGUAUUAUCGGAUCUGGCGCAAGCAGCAUACAGGUAGUCCCAACCAUACAGCCAUUAUGUGACAAGAUCGACGUAUAUGUGCGAUCGCCUACAUAUAUUCUACCUACAGUUGGAUUUGGCAUAGAAUCUUCCGACUUCAACGCGCCAUAUACUGAGGCGGAUAUCGAGCGUUUUAACAACGACCCCGAGUAUUACAAGGUGUUUAGAAAGCAGAUUGAACAACAGAUGAAUGAGAACUUUGCUGCUAGCAUUAAAAACUCGGAAGCGCAGGAGAAAGGCAGACAGUGGGCAGAAAAGAUGAUGAGCUCGGCGAUCGCCUCACCAGAGCUGAGAGAGAAGCUCAUUCCAAGCUGGGAACUUGGAUGCCGACGACUUACUCCUAGCUUGCCGUAUCUCAAGGCCAUCCAGGAACCCAACGUAAAUGUGAUCAGAACAGGCAUUCGCAAGAUCACAGAAAAGGGAAUUGAGACGGACGAUGGUGAGAUCCAUCAAGUCAAUGUCCUUAUCUGUGCGACUGGCUUCAACACCUCCUUCUCUUCCAGAUUCAACAUUGUCGGCCGAAAUGGUACGAGUCUGCGUACUAUGUGGAAAGCUCGAGGUCCAGAGGCCUACCUCGGAAUGGCUAUCACAGGGUUACCAAAUUACUUUACCUUGCUGGGACCUAAUUGUCCUAUCGCCAACGGGUCUCUCAUUCCCUGUAUCGAGUCGAGUGCCAAGUACAUCAUGCAAGCGAUCACAAAGAUCCAAACAGACCAGAUACGCUCACUGGAUGUGAAGCAACCGAUCCAAGACGCGUUUAAUGACUAUGUUCAAGAAGUUCACAAAGACCUAGUUUGGACAGGAUCUUGCCAAAGCUGGUACAAGGACCGAAACUCAGGCCGAGUUGUUGCAGUCUGGCCAGGGUCAAGCAUUCAUUUCAUGGAGAUGAUAGCUCAUCCGCGAUGGGAAGACUUCAACAUUGAAUACACAAACUUGAACCCUUUUUCGUUUAUGGGCAAUGGCAUUUCUCAGCGCGAGGCGAAGGGUGAAGAUCUGACAUACUAUCUCGACGAUAUGAUACAGGGCACGAAGGUUUGAUCGGAUAGGGUGCAGGAAGCUUGCUCUAAAACGCUUUAGGCAUUGUUGGGAUCGUAACAGUGCCUGCUUCUUAGAUAUGUAUGAAAAGGCAAUGGGCCCUUCGUAAACUAGAUAAAGACUGAUGAGACCGCGGUAUUUACUUAUUGUGAGGUUGAUAUGUCUGUAUUUGCCAUCCUCUGUUCUUAGAAAGCCCCUGAAACUCCCUGAGUUUGGUGACUUUCAUUGCACAUGUCUCCCGGUCGGCUUCAGGGUUCGAGUCAGCUUGUUUUGUCAUAACAACCCGGCCCAAGGGUAUAAGUGUCUGAGAUUCCUCCAACUUCACAUACUCCUAGCCGUCUCAGAGACGAGC